GCCACGCCCUGGACGUGCAGCUGGUCAACUUCAACUACGAGUUCCUGCAGGUCACCUGGAACGCCAGCGGCCACGGAACCACCAACCUGACCUUCUGGUACAAACUCUCCAACAGGGAGAACUUCACGCAGUGCCCCCAGUACCUCCUCCAGGGUGGCCUCACCUCUGGGUGCCACCUUCAGCAGAAGCUCGAAGACGUCAUGUUAUACCUGCAGCUGCGCAACGGGUCCGACCUCGUGCUCAGCAGGAAUAUGUACAUCAGCGACUACCUGAAACCCGCAUCUCCGGGCCGCCUGCACUUCCAGUGGCUGGAGGAGGACGCCCUCACGGUGACGUGUGCCGGCCUCAAUUUCCCUGACCUGCUCUACGAGAUCCAGCACCGGACCGUCUUUGACUCCGAGUGGCAGUCCCAGGCCGAGGAAACCUGCAACGUCACCAUCCUGGGUGUGGACGCCCACAAGUGUUACUCGUUCCGGGCCCGCGUGAGGACGCAGGAGCACAGCUACGGCCCCGACGCCCACCCCAGCGACUGGUCCCCCGUGGUCCACCAGCAGGGCCGGACGCGGGCAGAGUCCUGCCCGCCGCCGCCACCGCCCGAUGCCUCCUCUCGGACCCUCCCCAAGUUCGUGGUGGCCUGCGGCCUCGUGGUGGUCCUGACUCUGCUGCUGACGCCCCUGUCGCUGUGGAAACUGCAGAGGGUGAAGAGGAUCCUGCUGCCCAGUGUGCCUGACCCCAGGGUCACCUUUCCCGGCCUCUUCGACACCCACCAGGGUGACUUCCAGGAGUGGAUCGAGCAGACGCAGAAUGUGGGCAGAAUGGACACUUCGUGCCCGGACCGGGCCCCCGAGGAGACGCUACUGGUGCCUUGGACCGUGGAGGAAUCCCCGAGCCCUGCAGUGACCACAGCUCCGUCCCUCCCCCCCGAGUCCCCGGAGCGGACCCCUGGGCCGCCCCCAGGAGAUGACAGUCAGCUGGUCCACCUCCAGGAAUUCACCUUCGUCCUCCACGAUGAUGCCUACGUGACAUUCUGAGCUCCGUGGUG